AUGUCAAGAUCAAACCAACCCAACACGCCGUUCCUCGAACAAUGGCUAAUCGUCAGCUCUGGCAUCACCCCUGCCACCACCGCUAAAACCACCGCACGAACCAUCGUUCAAGCAUGGACCACCCUCCGGGAUUCUCUCCAAUCCUCUUCACCCCAAAACCACCAACAAUUGCACCAAACCCUUCAAACCCUAGUCAAUUCCCAAGCCUCCCUCCACGUGGCAGAACCCCAAGCCAAGCUCCUUCUCACCCUUCUGCAAUCCCCCACCUCACGCCACUCCUUCCCCCUCAUCCUCACACUCCUCUACGUCUGGGUCCGAAAAUUUCCCAACCCAAAUCCCACAAUCAUCAAUUCCGCACUCAAAAUCCUCUCUUUAACUAUCUCCGAUGAUGCCCUUUUCCCCGAAAGUUUGCUCCUUUUGGGCGCUUUCUCAUCCGCGCCUUCCGUUUCCGAGAAAACCAAGACGGUUUGUUUGGACUUGAUGAUGAAACUGUUGGUGGGGCAGAGCAAGGAUAAACUGUGUUCUGAAAUGCCGCGUGUUCUUGCCGGAAUUGGUUACGCUUUGUCGUCUUCCACAACUGUUUAUUGUGUGGAGAUGUUGGGUUUGCUGUUUGGCAUUUGGGGGAAGGGAGAGGGGUGUGUUGCACACGGACUCAUGGUUCUUUAUCUGUUUGAUUGGGUUGUGGAGAAUUUGAUUCGUGUUGGGUAUUCGGAUAAGAUGGGUGUUUUGGUUCGAGAAGGUUUCGGGAGGUUUAAGGAGGAGCAUGCUUCGUUUGCGGUUUUCAUGGCUGCGGUUGGAGUGUUGCGGGCUUUCGAGAGACAAAGAGUGGGAGCUGACCUUGUUUCUGGAAUGGGGGCGAAGGAUUGUGUGGUUGGUAGGAUUGAAAGUUUGGUUAGUGAUUUGGUUACGAGGAGGUUGAGGUUUGGUUAUGGUGAUGAUAAUGAGGGCGAUGGUGUAGAGGAAGAUAGGCUUUUGCUUCGGUGUGUGUCGUUGGGAUUGGUUCGGACUGUGGCGUUUUCGAGACAUUCGUCUUUGUUUGUUUGUCUUGCUUUGGCAUUGUUGACUGAGAUAUUUCCCUUGCCACGUUUGCAUCAAUCGGUGAUUGAGAAGUACCGUGGAGUGGAGCUUGAGGAGAUCAGAAAACAUUUGGAUGGUGUCCUGUUCAAGGAAGCAGGAGCUGUGACCGGGGUGUUGUGCAGUCAGUAUGCUUUAGCUGAUGAAGAAAGUAAGAAUGUGGUUGAGAAUCUGAUGUGGGAAUACUGCCAGGAUCUCUACUUUGGACAUAGGCGAUUGGUUGUGAUGGUUAAGGGCAAGAAAGAUGAGUUGAUUGAGGGUUUGGAAAAAAUUGCAGAAUCUGCUUUCCUUAUGGUUGUGGUAUUCGCUUUGGCUGUGACAAAACACAAGUUGAACUCCAGUUUUGCGCAAGAAAUACAGGUGGAUGUCUCGUUGAAGAUACUAGUUUCGUUUUCUUGCAUGGAGUAUUUUCGCCACGUCCGUUUGCCGGAGUAUAUGGAGAGCAUUCGCAAGGUGGUUGCAGGUGUUAAGAAUGAGCAUGCCUGUACUUCUUUUGUGAACUCCAUGCCCUCGUAUGCUGACUUGACUAGUGGCCCAGACCAGAAAAGCAAUUACUUAUGGUCCAUGGAUGAAGUGCAAACGGCUCGCAUUUUGUUUUACCUACGAGUCAUUCCAACUUUCGUUGAAUGUUUGCCCAGUCUUGUGUUCAGAAACAUCGUAGCUCCGAUUAUGUUCUUAUAUAUGGAGCACCCAAAUGAUAAAGUAGCUCUAGCUUCUCAUUCUGUGUUCAUGACAUUUAUGACUAUGGGGAAGGAUUCUGAAAAGAAUGAUAAAGCUUCAUUGAAGGAGCAACUUGUUUUCCAUUACAUGCAAAGAUCCUUAUUGGGAUAUCCUGGCAUUACACCUUUUGAGGGUAUGGCUUCUGGAGUUGUAGGAUUGGUCCAACAUGUUCCUGCUGGUAGCCCGGCCAUCUUUUAUUGCAUUCAUAGUCUUGUUGAAAAAGCCAACCAGCUCUGUUCUGAAGUAUUCACUAACGAGGCUGAUGCAUGGAAGAAGUGGCAAGGAGAGCCAGAACCAAGCAAGAAAUUAAUGGACUUGCUUUUACGCCUAGUUUUCCUCAUUGAUAUACAAGUCUUGCCCGACUUGAUGAAGCUAUUGGCACAGCUGAUCACAAAGUUACCACGAGAUGCACAGAACAUUGUUUUAAAUGAAUUAUACUCACAAGUGGCUGAUUCUGAUGAUGUUGUCCGCAAACCCACACUGGUUUCAUGGCUGCAGUCGUUAUCUUACCUUUGCACAAAGGCCACAUAUCAAAAUUCAACCUACCAAAAUAUCGAAAGUGGAGAUAGUCUUACUUUGGCCAGUAUUGCAGACCCAUUAAACAGUGGAAGAACAACUGCACGACUUUAA